CGGCGCGCGGCAGCCUCACUCAGAGAUCGCUCGCGGCGAACGGCGCGCGCGCAAUUCGGCAACGCACCCGAACGCGUCCCGAAAUCCGUCGAUAUACUAGUCGUGUUACGUUGUUUAUGAAAUAAAUGUUAUUCUAAGUGAUUAUAUUUGCCACAUUGUGCCAUCAUGGGAACCUUUGGAAUGUUUAGACUAAGUCUAGCGCUUUUGGCGGUGGUGUCGGCAGCACAAACCCACGCGCAGAAAAGCAAGGACGACAGCAUCCAAACGGUGCCCAGCGACCUCCGGCGGGCGGUCAGCGAAGCGCUAGCCUUAGAGAGGAGGUUCCUCGCUGGGGCUAAUGAUGCACAAAACUGCUCAUCAGAUGCCGACGAGGGCAGCAGUGUGCCAUGUCCACCGAGCAAGUAUCGCAGCCCCAGUGGGGAGUGCAACAACGUGCGGCACCGGCCCUGGGGCAGGCGGGGCGACGUGUUCCUACGACUCAUGCCGCCCAACUACGCCGACGGUGUUGCGGAGCCGAUGUCACCUCCGCACUUGCCAAACCCCUUCAUGGCGGUUCGGGCGGCGUCCCAGCUGUCCGGGAGUGCAGACCACGACUACGUCACCAGCCUGAUUGCGGCCUGGGGACAGAUGCUGAUGCACGACCUUGUCGCCACUGCUAAUGGGAAUAAGGAGUGCCAAGGUUCAGGCUGUGAGUACACCAGGUCAGCGCCAGCCAGAAACUAUGACUCGUGUGGCUUUGAACACCGUGACCAGAUGAACUUGGCUACGUCAUUCCUCGACGGAUCGGCUCUAUACGGCAGCUCCGAGAAAGAAUUGAGAUCGCUUCGACUCUACGACGCUGGAAAACUGGACCUGGACUCGUGUAGGAAAUGCAACGAUGGCAAACCAACCGCUCCUCUCUACAAGGCGUUGGUGUCUGAGCACAAUCGCAUCGCGGGAGAGUUGUACUCCCUGAAUCCCUUCUGGGAUGACACCACUCUAUUCCUGGAGGCACGACGAGCGGUGGCCGCUGUCAUCCAACAUAUCACUUACAACGAGUUCCUGCCCGUGCUUCUGGGUGAGGUUGGAAUGGCCAAAGCGGAGCUGAAGUUGCAAAGCCUCGGAUUCUGGCGAGGAUACUCGAGUGCAAACAGAGCGGGUGCUUACACUGAACUGGUAGCCGUCGCUCCCAUAUUCAAGGCUAUGAUGAACGAGAAAUUGAUAAACACGACUGUCACCCUGAGUCAACUAGUCCGAACGAGCGCACAACACGUGUCUCAUUUCCCCCCUUCUGCCGAAUGGGACGUCAACAGAGCACGAGACCACGGCGUGUCCCCUUACUUGAGAGCUCUCAGGAUGUGCGAGCCAACUUCAUCUAUCAAGACCUUCGGGGACUUCGAGAAAAUGGGCUUUGACAGGACGCAGAUGGAAGUCAUGGCUGAUAUGUACAGGAACGCAGAAGACGUUGAGCUGCUGUUCGGUGGCGCUAUGGAGAAACCCGCCACAGGUGCGGUGGUCGGCCAUACCCUUGCCUGCGUCUUGGCUUUGCAGUUCGCCAAUUUGAAGAAAAGCGACCGAUUUUGGUACGAAAACGACAUCCCCCCAUCGUCAUUCUUGCCUGAACAGCUGGCAGCGAUCAGGAAGGUUUCCCUUGCGGGACUUCUGUGUACUUCCGACGAUUCGCUAUCCAAAAUCCAGCCUAAAGCCUUCGUCAAGGAAGACCCUUACUUAAACGCAGCCCAACACUGCUCCCAGCACAGCCGUCUAGAACUCUCCGCGUGGCGCGACGAAAGCGGCGCUAAGGCAGCUGAGAGGCUGUCCCAAGAUAUGCUCUCCGCCGCCCUGGAGAAGGCCAAGCAGGAGAUGGCUGACAGGAAGAAGCUGGAAUACAUGCUGUGGGAGACAAGUGGAGGAGCUGAUCCUAAAUCUCCAGUGGGCACUGCUGCCUCGUUCUCGAAGGCUAACAAAUACGCGCUGAAGCUGGCCAACACCUCUCUCUUCUUUGAAUUCGCUACCAAUGAGCUUCUGAACACUAUUCACGGCAGCCACCGCCGCCGCAGACGUCAGAUCUUCGACGACUCUCUCGGCUUCGGUACCAAUGACUUCGUAGACUCGCUCCAAUCGGUCGACGUCACCGGAUUCCUUGGCCAAGACCUUGGACCCACCAUCGAGCCUCAGUGCGAUGAGAAUGGAAGCUGCGACCCCGAUACACCCUUCAGGAGUUAUACUGGAUACUGCAACAAUCUCAGGAACCCUAACUUGGGAAAAAGUUUGACGACUUUCGCUAGACUGCUGCCUCCAGUGUAUGAAGAUGGCGUGUCCCGUCCGCGCAUCAACUCCGUUACCGGUACACCUUUGCCGUCACCUCGUAUCAUCUCCACCGUGAUCCACCCUGAUAUCUCCAACCUUCACACGCGGUAUACGCUGAUGGUGAUGCAGUUCGCUCAGUUUGUGGACCACGAGCUUACUAUGACGCCCAUUCACAAAGGUUUCCACGAGUCCAUCCCUGACUGCCGGUCGUGCGAGUCGCCCCGCACCGUGCAUCCCGAAUGCAACCCGUUCCCGGUUCCCCGAGGAGACCACUACUACCCCGAAGUGAAUGUGACGUCAGGGGAGAGGCUUUGCUUCCCAUUCAUGAGGAGUUUGCCUGGACAACAACAGCUGGGACCUCGUGAACAAGUGAACCAGAACACAGCUUUCAUCGACGGCUCAGUGGUAUACGGAGAGAACCCUUGCAUAGUCCGCAAGUUACGAGGUUUCAACGGACGCCUGAACGCGACCACCAACCCUCUGGGAGGAAAGGACUUGCUGCCGCGCUCCGACAGCCACCCGGAGUGCAAGGCGCCCAGUGGAUACUGCUUCAUUGCUGGUGACGGCCGAGCAUCCGAACAACCAGGGUUGACAGCCAUCCACACGAUCUUCGUCCGCGAACACAACCGUCUAGUCGAAGGCCUCCGAGGAGUGAACCCUCACUGGGACGCGGAACUCCUGUUCGAACAUGCCAGAAGAAUCCUCGCUGCAUCCUUUACACACAUCAUUUACAACGAGUUCCUGCCGAGGCUACUGUCGUGGAACGCUGUCAACUUGUACGGACUAAAACUGCUGCCUUCUGGCUACUACAAAGAAUACUCGCCUACCUGCAACCCGGCCAUCGUAACGGAGUUCGCGACUGCCGCGUUUAGAAUCGGCCACUCGCUGUUGAGACCGCACCUGCCGCGACUAUCGCACACCUACCAGCCAGUAGAGCCUCCAAUUCUGCUCCGAGAUGGGUUCUUCAAGCCUGACAUGUUCAUGAACCACGCCUCAAUGGUUGACGAGCUCAUGCGCGGUCUCUCCUCGACUCCCAUGGAGACCCUCGACCAGUUCAUCACCGGAGAAGUCACCAACCACCUCUUCGAAGACAGGAGGAUCCCAUUCUCUGGAAUAGAUCUGAUCGCGCUGAACAUCCAGCGAGGAAGGGACCAUGGAAUGCCGAGCUACAACAACUACAGGGCGCUUUGUAACUUGAAGAGGGCGGCUACUUUUGAAGACCUGUCUAGAGAGAUACCUGAUGAAGUUAUUGCUAGGCUAAAGAGGAUAUACCCGACUGUGGACGACAUCGAUCUGUUCCCGGGAGGUAUGAGCGAGAGGCCUCUGCAGGGAGGUCUUGUCGGACCCACCUUCGCUUGCAUCAUCGCCAUCCAGUUCAGGCAGCUUAGGAAGUGUGAUAGAUAUUGGUAUGAGAACGACAAUACAGCUGCCCGUUUCACUGAGCACCAACUGGCUGAGAUCAGAAAGUCGACAUUGUCAAAGGUCCUGUGUGAGAACUUCGACGUGCCCGGCGACAUCCAAAGGGCUGCCUUCGAUCUGCCAAGCAACUUCUUAAAUCCACGCGUUCCCUGCUCGUCGCUGCCCAAGAUCGACUUGUCCGCGUGGCGGGAAAGUUCUGCGCAGGGCUGCCUCAUAGCCGGCCGGUCGGUGUCCGUCGGAGAGUCAGCCUUCCCUUCGCCUUGCACUUCCUGUAUAUGCACCGUGGAGGGGGCUCAAUGCGCAUCCCUCCGCAUCACGGACUGCGCACAGCUCCUCCGCGAGUGGCCUCGCGAGGCAGUAGCUCGGGACGACGUGUGCGCAGCGCAGUGCGGCGCCGCGGCUCCCUCGCAACCGUCCCGCGCGCCGCGACGCCCCCCGCUAAACUUCAAGUUCCCAGACCUCUCGCCGUUUAUAGCCAAGUGAGGGAUACUUUAUUCGAGAUAGUAAUUUGUUUUAGUGUGCCUGCUCUUUACACAGAUAAAGGUGGAUUCGACUAAAAGAGUAAAUAUCAGUGGGUCUAGACAAAGUGCACAUUUUAAUCGCAAACCAGUCGAAAAGUGGUCGUAAAGCCUUUUUUUGUAUGGAG